UUUUUCUGCAAGUGCGUUCGCUUUCUUCACUGACACUUCCGGCUCCGAGGUCCUUGACGUUUUCUCUCUUUUCCGGUUGUUUGGGCGGAGUAAGUCGGACGCGCGCUCUUUGAGUCGGUGAAGAUACAGCGAAGAGUCGAGGCAGCGCUUAAGCGGCUGACAGAUCCAGAGGGGGUAAUUUUGAGCCUCACGCGUUUGUGAAAUGAGUUUGAUUAUAAAAAUCUACUAAAGAAAAGUUACUCAAUGUUACCAGGGACAGCUCUAUCACCAUUGCCAUGUCUGCUGUGUAGCUCCUGAGAAUGCUGAGUCAUCAGCUUCCUUGUGUAGCCUUAUUACAGUUCACAUAGUUCUGAUGGAAGCGUAGCCUAUCUCCUUAUGAAGGACACACUUUCACAUUGUGGAAUGAUAGAAAAGCCUAAACUGUAUCUCUUCUCAUCUUUGCCAUAAAUUAAGUUAUGACUAUGUAUCAUUGUGAUUGUACAGUUUAAAUAAAAAUGUCUGGUAAAGCAAAUGCUUCUAAGAAAAAAUCUCAGCAGGUGAAAAGAAAUUUAAAACAAAGAGCUGGUAAGGAAGUGGAUUUACCAGAGAAUGAGGUUGGAAACACAGGGAAAAGAAACAGAAGUCAUGGAGGACAUUUGUCCUCUAAAGUAACAGGACAAACAAAAUGUUUUCAUCUAAAACGGGUAAAAAUAUCAUCCAAGAAGAAGACAACAACCUGGCAACCUCUUCCAAGGAAUAUUGAAGAGUAUUUGCAAAGUAUGAUGGAAUCAGUAAUUCUUGGAAUUUUAAACAAAAACAUUAAAAGAAAAGAACAAAUUCAGUACCAUCUCAACCAGUUCAAGAAAAGAUUGCUACAACAAUGUGCAACACUGAAAGUCCCUCCAAGAAAGCUGAACUUUGUAACAGAUGUGUCAAAGCUGCUGAAAAUGGAAAAGGCACAGGAAAGAGUGAAUGAAGAGAACCUGGCUUCACUGCAGGAAGAAAUAGACAGAAUAGUAGAGACCACAGAGUCAAUGACUAAGAAUAUUCAAAGCCUAAAGAACAAAAUUCAGAUUCUGACAAAUGAAGUAGAGAAAGCGGAACGGGAGAUGAAACAGGUAUUUCACAUAGAUAGCAAUAAAGUACUUGCUCUUCCAGAACUUUCUCAGAAAAGUCUUAAAGCACCCAUACUUCAAAAAGAAAUUUUGGCACUAAUUCCAAACCAGAAUGCCCUUCUGAAGGACUUGGAUGUUCUUCAUAAUUCAGCCCCUGUGAAGAGCAUGUCAGCAUUCAUUCAAGAAGCCUAUAGGAAACUUGAUGGCUCCUAAAGAUGGGGUUUUGUUUUAGUGUUUAAGCCAUGUUCCAUAUUAACAUUUGUUCAUGAAUUAUAAAACUUUUUUCCUUUUUAUAGCAGCCUCUCACUCUGUAGCCCAGGCUGGCUCAGCACAUACUCUGUCUCCCCUUAGGCCUUGAACUUAUAGUAAUCCUGCCUCAGCAUCCUGAGUGCUAGGAUUACAGGGUGAGCUUCACAUCUGGCCCAAAGGUGCAAACUUAACUGUUCAAACAAUUAACCUUUGUUAUCUACCUUAAAACUAGCCUUUGUGGACUUAUCAUUAGUAUCUAAUGUCCUAAAAACAUAGCAGUUGCUAAAUCUAGGAAAUCUAUGUAUAUGUAGAUAUUUGCUAAAACUGAGAAUUAUUCUUAAAAAUAAAAACAUGUCAUGAUGUAAUAGUUUCUGAUGUGUGAAUAAAACUUUUUAUUGGAA